AUGCAGAGACAAGAGCGCUUCGCCGACGGCGUCCUGGUGCUCGCCGUCAAGCCCAAGGCCGGCGAGGGCGAGGACGGCGACGUCGGCGACGAUGUGUUCAUGCGGGGGUUCAAGCCGGCGCUGCGCGUGGCGCAGUUCUUCGGGCUGCUCCCCGUCAGCAAGCCCGCCGACCCGCGGCGCGCGUCCUUCCGCUGGGUGUCCCCCAGGACGGCGCUGGCCGUCGUCAUCAUCGUCGGCGCCGUGCUCGAGGCCUGCGCCGCGGCGAUGCGCAUGGUGGACACCGGCAUCAAGGUCAACACCUCCGUGCACGCCAUGUUCUUCAGCCUGACGGCCGUGGCGCAAAUGCUGUUUCUGCGCAUGAGCUGCGUGUGGCCGCAGCUGAUGCUGGACCUCGCCUCCGUGGACGACAAGUGCCUGCGCGCGUACGGCGAGCCGCCGCGGUUGCGAGCCCGGAUGCUGUCCCUCACGGCGGGCUCCUUCCUCAUGGCCGUCGUGGAGCACGGCCUGUCCAACGCGGGCACGCUCUUCUACGUGUGGCCGUGCUACUACCGCGGCGGCCUGCGCCUCGUGUGGCAGGGCUACUUCCUCACCAAGUACCUCAAGACGUUCCAGCUGUUCACGUUCGCCACGUGGAAGGCCGUGCUGCUGCUGUGGCUGCAGAUCAUCAACGUGUUCGUGUGGAACUUCAUGGACCUGUUCAUCGCCCUGUUCGCCAUGGGGCUGUCGGCGCGUUUCCGACUCGUCAACUCGGACCUGGAGGCCGUGCUGGUCUCCAAGGGCCAAAACAACGAGUUCUGGAGGAAGAAGCGGAAACACUACAACGCCCUGGCCGAGCUGGUGCGACGCGUCGACGUGAUCCUGGGCCCGCUCAUCCUGGUGUCGUAUGCCACCGACCUCUACUUCAUCUGCCUGCAGCUGCUGUCGGUAGUCAAUCCUUCGGGCGUGUCCCUGUACCACAAGCUGUUCUUCGUCUUCUCCAUGGCGUACCUGCUGCUGCGCAUGACCUUCAUGACGUACGUGGCGGCCAACAUCAACGAGGAGAGCAGGCGGCCCAGGGAGGUGCUCUUCAGCAUCCCCACCGCCGCCUACUCCGUCGAGGUGGAGCGCCUGCUCGUCCAGGUGCUGACGGACAACAUCGCUCUCACGGGUUGCAAUUUUUUCUCCAUUUCCCGGUCGUUCCUGCUCAAGAUCGCGGGCACCAUCGUGACCUACGUGGUCGUGCUGGUGCAGUUCAGCGGCAAGGACGCCAACCCCGACGCGGCGCAGAGCAACGGCACCGUCUCGUGCACUUGUGAGGACAUUAAAGUGUACACGUGCUAAGUCAAAGU